AAACUACCUCCUCCUGCACAGAAAAUGGGCCAGAAGGUCUCACACAAGGACAACCAAGAGAAUGUGGCUGAAACUCUAGUCAUCUGUGAAGUCUUCAGCCAAGGUGUGGUCCAUGCGUCUCAAAGGCUGAAGGACUAUCUUGGUUUUGUGGAUCCUCAGAGCAAAUUCCAGCCAGCCACAAACACACUGAGCGAGAUCUUUUUGGUCAACUUCAUCAGUUUCUGCGUGGAAAAGGGAGCGGAGGAACACAUCGUGACCAGCAAAAUGACCAAGCAGCAGUCCUCCCUGUUUGGGGUGGACUGGAUCUGGACUCUCUCUGGAGCUGACAAGCAAAUCAAACUGCAGCUUGCUGUGCAGGCUUUACAGCUGGCUGAGCUGCUCCGUAGUGAAAGCGGCCCCGUGGAGGAUUGCUGCCGGGAAGCAGAGCAGCCCUUCCAGAACAGGAGCAGGUUUGAGAAGCUGGCAGAGUUCUGCCGCCUGGUGGGACAAGACUGCCUGGGCUUGUUCAUCGUCUUUGGUGUGCCAGGGAAGCCCAAGGACAUCCGAGGAGUCAUGCUAGACAGCAUUGCCAAGGAGAAGCAAAAAUGCUGCCUGUCGGGCAGGAAUGCACUGUGGCAAUUUGUCACCAGCACUGACAGCUUCCUGCCUGCAAGAGACAUGUUGAAAAACUGCCUCAGUGCAAGAAACGGACCGAAGGAGGUGGGCAAUGUGUACAUAAGCUUUUUGUAAACCCCUGGUUAGCAGCAGUGGCUCCCUGCACGCCAGCACCAGACGCUGUGUGGGGCUCAGCUCCGCUUCUCUCACUUUUUUUCUUGCACGCGAUUCCCUCCACCCCUUUCUUUCCCCACUUUCCCCAUGGCAUUCCCGUAGCUCCUGCAAAAGCCAGGCUGAGUCAGUCCCUCCAGGUUUUAAAACAACAGGACGUACCUGCCAGAAAAAUGUGUUUAUAAAAGGCACGU